CUGCACCCUCCCCUUCCUCUACCUCCGUGAACGAUCAUAAAUUACUAGAUGGCCCCGAAACCUCGUGGAGCCCGUAAAGCGUCUACAUCGUCCAGAGAUGGUCCUUUUCUCACACAUGUCGACAAGAAUCUCAAGGCAAUGCCGCCACCUCCAGAUCCAGUCGUACCUAAGCGCAUACUGGAGCAAGAGAUGGAGGGUCUAAAGAGUUGCUUCAGGAAUACUAUGGUAAAGAUGGGACGACUGUAUGCCUUUUAUGCUGAUACCCGCAGGCUUGGAAUUCGGAAGUAUGCGCCUUAUCCGCCGCGUUCUCUAUCCGCAUCAUUAGGUCGGGAAAUCGAGAAUUAUGAUCAGCUUUGCGAUUCUAUGGAAUCUCACUUGGUUCGAGCAAUUGCUGUCCUUGAAAGAGAUCUCCGACGUGAGGAACAGCGUUUAAAGGAAGCCGAAGAGGCAGCCUUAGCCAGCCAAGCACAUUUAGAGGAGCCGAUAUUAUCCCCUUCAUCUAACCGACUCCCAAUGCUACCACCUGACUCAGAUUCCACUUUGCCUUCUGCAAUGCCAUCGAGCUCACCACCAAUAUCGUCAGUGAUGCAAGGACGCCGACCUUCAGCCAUAUCUAUCUCAUCCCUACAACGGCCUGCAUUCCCACUUAAGCUCGACCUAUCCUCUUCAUCUCUUCGUAUGUCCGCAGAAGAAGCUGCUUUCCUCUCCAAUGGCCUUCAUUCUCCUGUCACCCUCGCACCCAAAUCCGCACGGCCACUUGACUAUCCCGUCGAGCUGAUGGCGGCGUUUACCUCUGAAAUCCCAGCUGCACCUCCCAACCGGGAGUCAGCAAAUAACACCAUCGACUUGACCAUAGAACCCACAGAGCGUGAUGUAAACAUAAAUAUGGACGGUGCCAUUGGUAGCUCGGCAGAUAAGCCAAUUGAGCUCGACCUAGGCGAUAUGGACAUGAGUGAUCUAUUCGGCGACAACAGUUCCAAUGAUGCGGUUGACAGCCUUUUCUCUCCCACUGUAGCGAACCCUGAGCUCGCAGCUGAGGGUGUCAAAGAGGAGCAGCAUUUCUUGAACACGUUCGCUGCUGCCAACGGAAGUGCUACAGAAGAAGAAUUCUUCUCUUCCCUUAGCUCAAAACCGGAGAAUGAGCAAUCCAGCAGCUUGGAGAUACCAUCGGGAGAUAGUGCAGGUCAAACUGCACCGUCACCAGGUACAUUUCUGGCAAGUCUUACAGGAUCUCAGCUCGAGAGCGGUAAUGAAAUGGCAACGUCAAGCGGUAGCUCCAUUUCUAUGCCAGAAGGUCAGUUCAGUAUGGAGAGCCUGGGUUACGGCUUUUUCGCUAACGAUCAAGACUCGGGGGUUAACCUGGACGCUCUCUUGGCCAUGGGAAACGAAGGAGUGCCUGUACCCGAUACGAAGGCCGAGUCUUCAUCGUAGAUGUUGUUAUAUCAGCUUAUGUUAAUUGUAUUGUGCCACUAGUCAUCAGAACAUCCUGCUUUUUGAAUAAAUUCAUGACACUGAUGAUCACCCGAUAGUGAUACAAGGACAUGAAUGCAUUCGUUAC